UCGAGAACGGCGAACAGCCGUCCACCCGCGGUUCUGCUGUGUCCCCUAACACGUCGACUCACGACACACAUACGUUUUUUUUUCCACACACGUGAGCACCAAAUUGGAUUGACACGAUGCCCUACUACGGAGAGAGUCUGCCCUAUUAUUAUGGCGGAGCCUUCGCCAACCACAGUUCGUUAAUGACUGGAACACCUCGAUCCUUUCAUACACCAUUGUCACGGUUCUCCCCGCAUCUGUCGACGAUCUCCGAGUCGCCGUUGAGCACUCUACGCCGUUACUCGCCGGUGACGGUGCCGACACGACCCAGACGUGUGAUCGACACCGCGGACAUCGAUGUCUCGACGCCCAGGAUCUCGUCCGGGGACGGUACCCAUCAGCGUAACCGUUUGCGUCGCGAUCGGCCGACCAUCAAGAUCAGAUCGCAGGCUCUCAAGGACAAUCCAGCGUUACGGGAGCACAACGAGAGACACGAGAAAUCGGUGGGUGAAUUACUGGUGGAGAAGUUCCUGAUCAAGGACAAGAAGCUGGACGAGGCGGAGAAAGGUUUGCAGCUGUUCCAUCAGGUCAGCCUGGCGCGUGACGAGGCGGUGCAGGAGCAGGAGCAACAGCAGCAGCAGCAGGAUCCACAGCAGGUGAGCAACAAGAUCACAAGACGGUUCACCAGACGACGAUCCUCCGCUGAUAUCCAGUUGGAUCCUGAACAGUUGGAGAGAGAGGUGGCCUACGCUCAGGUGCAGGCGAAGGUGCUGGACACACUGGUGGCGGAGGAACAGGCGGAGAUCGAGAACGAGGUUCGUCGUGGGACACUGAUCAAAAAAGGGACGAUCGGCGGGCAUAAGUCUGUUCCUGGUUUCUUCAGAACCGUGGACUCGGUGUCCCAGGUAGAGGAGGAGGAUUCCACCGCGCAGAAGAUGAGGAAGAGCCUGAAGAAGGUGAAGAAAAAGAAGAGGGGAACCGAGAAACCGCCUGACAAUGAUAACGAGAACGAAAGGGAACGCAGGUCCAGUACCUCCAGCGACGUUUCCGUUGAUCUUCAGAGCAACGAGGAGAACAGGGAGAGAAAGCUUUCCAGGCCACAGGCGUAUAAGAUAGAGGCCAGCAACAGUGUCGGUGAUUUCUCCACCGUUUGGGUGACCGCGGAACCGAGCAUCAGCAUCGAGCAGUUCAGGGAGAGCGUCAAGAUACCGGUACCUAGGAAAAUAAAUGUCCAUAAGACUGACAGCGCGGACGAGUCCGAGACCGAGGUCGUACUACCUGUGAAGAGGCCAUAUGUCAAGGACACCUCGAGGAACAGCGUGCACUACACGGUCAGAACUCCAACGGAGAACUUGAGGAACGAUCCGAUGAAGAGCCUGAAAACGGUGAGAAACGGUGUUACGGUGGAGAAGAUGGAAGAUAAACCUGAGAGUUCAGUUACCAAGGAUGCUUCCAAAGAUACGGUUCCAGAGCCAACGAUGGAACCGAAAAGUCCUGAAUUGAAACAGAUCAAGACUGAACUUCCAAGCUCCCCAAAGUCUAAGACUCCAUCGAAACUCAAACUAGAUCAACCUGAGAGUCCAAUUUACAAGGAUCCUCCCAAAUAUAGGAUCCCAGAGGGAACAAAGGAAGCAAAGAGUCCUGAAGUGAAACAGACCAAGACUGAACUUCCAAGCUCUCCAAAGUCUAAGACUCCAUCGAAACUCAAACUAGAUCAACCUGAGAGUCCAGUUUACAAGGAUCCUCCCAAAUAUAGGAUCCCAGAGGGAACAAAGGAAGCAAAGAGUCCUGAAGUGAAACAGACCAAGACUGAACUUCCAAGCUCCCCAAAGUCUAAGACUCCAUCGAAACUCAAACUAGAUCAACCUGAGAGUCCAGUUUACAAGGAUCCUCCCAAAUAUAGGAUCCCAGAGGGAACAAAGGAAGCAAAGAGUCCUGAAGUGAAACAGACCAAGACUGAACUUCCAAGCUCCCCAAAGUCUAAAACUCCAUCAAAGGUCAAACAAGAUAAACCCGAGAGUCCAGUUGCCAAAGAAACUCCCAAAAAUAGGGUCCCAGAAGAAAAGAGUCCCGAAGUGAAACAGACACAAACUGAGCGAGACAAGAGCGUCCCAAGCUCUCCAAAGUCACCUUCCACGCCGAAGAAAGAGGACACCAGAGACGUUCCUAAAUUAACCAAGAAAGAUGCGCCCGAUAAAGAAGUCACGGAGUCGACGACAGCCCCGACGAUGAAGAAAGAAGAAGCAGCAGCCGCGCAAAAGAGGCCAGAGCUCUCGAGACCCAGAAAGCUCGGUGUCUCGGCCCCCGAGGAGUCCUCCCCGAAGACUAGCGUGCCGUCGAACGGCGUGACGCUAGCUGUUGACCCGUUCACGAGUGAAAACAGCGCCAACGUUACUACGACGACGUUGGUUCGUCUUCCAUUGGCCGGGGACGGGCUGCCAAAACAGUCUAAAAUUACUACGGAUGAAAAUAAUGCCGUAGAAGCGCCAAAGCAAGCGUUACGCGAACCGGAGUACCUGGCAAACACGACGAAAACCGAGCGUGACGGGGACGACGUUGGUUCUCCGUUACCGGGAAAUAGGGCGAACAAAGCCGUGACCUUGACUGCUGCCUCCGCCUCCCACAACGACGUGACUGGCGAGCCAGGUAAUCGGGGAAUCACCGAGGAAAAUCGAUCAGGAAAGAGUCCGCUCGAUGACGCAACCGCGACGACCAAGAAGGUAACGAAGUCGACCUUGUUCACGGGUCCCAAGUGCGACACACAGACGAAAGAGGACAUUGAAAAGACUUCUGAGGAUGUUAAAGGUAAGAAGGGCUUGAGUGCUGUUAAGAACAAUGAUGGUUUUCGACUCCCCUUCAAGAUCGCCAAGAAGACUGACACCGAUAAAGGAGAGGAGAAAGUGUUGAAAAACGAAGAAGCUACACCGGGGAAGGAGUCUAAAAUCCCUUGGAGGAACAAAGUGUCGAAUAGUUCUACAGAAAGUGGGCCACGUCCGAAUAGGAGUAUCAGUGUGGAUUCUAAAGCCAAUGCCUUGAAGCAGACCACUUCCGUGGACGAGGCCAGGAAGAUGCCGGUGGACAAGCAACAGUCGGUGAAGAUGUUCGAGGGCUUGAACGGCGAGAGUGGAACGCUGUCGAAGAGCACAUCGACGGAGUCGAUCGACUUCUGGAGCGAGAUCAAGGGCCCAGAAAGUCCACAGGUGGCGAAGGUGGCCAAGGGAUUCAAUUUCGUCGGUUCGAAGACUCUGGAAUCGCGGCAGUCGGUCGAGGACCCCGGCGAGAAAGAAAUGGACAAGAAAAAAGACUGGGAUCCGAAAAUAAGCGUCGCCGGUUCGCUGGUGCUCAGUAACAUCUCCGUGAUCGAGGAGGAGCAGAAAGCGGAGGAGGAGUCGUGCAAGUCCACCGCGGAGGAGAAAAUGUCCAGCAUAGAGUCUCCCAGGAAGGCACCUAAAAAGAAGAGAAAUCUGUCAAUAGCGAUCAAUCAAACGCCAAAGGACGCAACAGUGAAGAGGACUCCCCUGAGCAGAGAAGAUUCCACAGCAUCGACCAUCUCCGCCAGAUCGGUCGGCAGCACUCCAGACACCUCUGUGCCCGCCUCCGAAGUCUCCACCCCGGUCUUCGACGUUUCCCUGCCGUUGAUCAACAUCGUAGCGGCGACCACGCCAAUCAGGACAGAUUCUGAGUUCCUGGAAGAGGACGAGGAUCAAAAAACUCCUACGAACGAGUGGCCAGGUAGUCUGCACAGAAUCUCCAAGUGGACCAAUCAAAGUGACCUCUCGAACGUCGACGACACGGAGAAGGACGUUACUCCAGUCCCGUCCAAGACUGUCAGCGUGGCCGCCACUCCGGAAGGUAGUCCGGAAUCCUCUAAAAAGAAGAAAGUCGUCAGAAAAAAAAAAUCCUCGACAACGAAGAAGAAUUCCUCCAGUAAGAAGGACUCCAAGAAAGAGACCAAGGAGUCGAAGAAGAGCUCCACUAAGUCCCAGGACAGCCUGAAACCGCCAGAGUCCAAGACGUCCUCGAAGACCGCGGCGAAGAGCGCACCCACGCCGAAACCGAUAGAUCUCAUCAGGAUGUUCUAUACCACGCCUACGGCACUGCUGACCGCGACGCCCAGAGAUCUGUCCAAGGUUCGUCGAGCCAAGAUAAAGAGACGGAAGCACCACUCGAGGACGCCCUCGGUAAGCAGCGACAGUACCGGAAGCACAACCAGCACCGCAACCACGGAGAGCAGCGGGUCCACCUGCACGGAGCUGGACGACGACCCGGACAAGAGGAUGAACUCGACGAGGAGCAACGACUCCGGGUUCGACGGUUCGCCGAGGAUAUCGACACCCUCGCAAUCGUCAGACACCCAGAGGAACUCCGACUCGUCAGACCAUUUCCCAAGCGGUCGGAUCACACCGCCAGCGACGAAUCUGCCAAGAUUCAAGAAAUACGCCGUCACAGACUUCAAUUUCCUCAAAGUUUUGGGAAAAGGCAGCUUUGGCAAGGUGCUGCUAGCCGAGCUACGAGGAACAGAAUGCGUUUACGCGGUGAAAUGCCUGAAGAAGGACGUGGUGCUCGAGGACGACGACGUGGAGUGCACGCUGAUCGAGAGGAAAGUGCUGACGCUGGCCACCAGGCAUCCGUACCUUUGCCACCUGUUCUGCACCUUCCAAACGGACUCCCACCUGUUCUUCGUGAUGGAGUACCUAAACGGCGGCGAUCUGAUGUUCCACAUUCAAAAGUCGGGCCGAUUCUCCGAGACACGGGCUCGUUUCUACGCAGCGGAGAUUUGGUCCGGCUUGAACUUUUUGCACAAGAAAGGCAUAGUCUACAGAGACUUGAAAUUGGACAAUGUCCUCCUGGACUUCGAGGGCCACAUCAGGAUCGCGGACUUUGGCAUGUGCAAGCUUCAGAUAUUCCUGGACAGGACAGCGGACACAUUUUGCGGGACACCUGAUUACAUGGCUCCCGAGAUCAUAAAGGGACUGAAAUACAAUCAGGCGGUUGACUGGUGGUCGUACGGCGUGCUGCUCUACGAGAUGCUCACGGGACAGUCUCCGUUCUCCGGCUGCGACGAGGACGAGCUAUUUUGGAGUAUAUGCAACGAACGGCCGUUCAUACCCCGCUACCUGAGCCAAGACGCGACGGACAUGCUUGUCUGCCUUUUGGAGAAAGACUCUGGGAAGAGGUUGCCCGGCCACGAUAUUGCCUAUCACGCCUUCUUCCAGUCGUUACCGUGGGACCGCCUGGAGAGGAGGCAGCUGGAGCCACCGUUCAAGCCAGCCCUGGAGCACACACUGGACACCAAGUACUUCGACACAGCGUUCACCGCUGAGAGGCCACGGUUGACACCUGUACCCGACCAGAUCCUCACGUCCAUGGACCAGGGUGUCUUCCGAGGAUUCUCGUACACCAAUCCGAACGCGACAGACUGAAACGUCGCGCGAAUCGACUAUACAAACUGUACAGUUCCACGCGUUGAUAAAGCGUAAUUCGACGUCGUGCUUUUCCAGUGAUAUCUACCAAAGGUUACCAGUCCCUCGGGACGCUGGACCACCUUGUUCCCCUGUCCUGGAACAGGAGCAGGAAGAGUUCAGUCGCCCCUUUUGCAGGGAAACGAGCGAACACAGUGUGUGAGUCGAUAAUGCUCUCGACACGACUUCAUAUGUCCCUCCGGAGCGGAAAAAAGCGAUUGUGACACUCGUCACACGGCCCCUACGCGAGUAAAAUGAAGCUGGUACACGAGACAAUGUUCCUGAAUCGCUUGUACUCGCGAGGCGUGAGCCGACACCGACGACAUUGCUAGGUUUUUAUAACGUAGAGCCCGCGUUUACGACGAUAGAGCGCAGUUAGGCUAUAGUGUCCCAUGGAACAUACAAGGGGAAUCCAGUACUAGGAGCCUCCGAGCUCUGUACCUUCUUUUGUAUGCGAAUCUUCGCCAGGUAUUGGACUUCCCUUGAUGUUCCGUGGAUUUUUUUCUUUUUUGUAAAACCUCGUUCACACCACGGAAUCAAUGUUCUGGGGGUAACAAUGAUCUUUGUUUCGAAAUAAAAGUAUGGACAAUCUUUGGCACA